UUUGUACUUCUGUUAGUGGCGGAAAACCUCUCACUUGUCUCGACAUCUUUAUUUGUUUUUACAAAUUAGUUUCCGUUUAGAUCGUUCUUCGCAACCAACCAUUUCCUUAAAUAAAUGUUUGCAGAUACCUUUUAGGCCAUUAACGCUUUCCGUAGUUUUGAGAGACGGCGGGCGGGACAGCGGGUUCCCUGAUUUGAAACUUUUGUACCGCCUCAAAGGAAGACUCUACCAUACUGUGCUAUCUUGUCUGGAAAUAUGGCUCUUAACUAUCAGACAUCUACCCUCUCUCUAACCUUGCCAAUUUCGUGUCAGAUAUGCCUCGGAAAGGUCAGGCAGCCCGUCAUCUGUGCCAACCACCACGUGUUCUGUUCCAGCUGCAUGGAGAUGUGGUUAAAGAAAGUCAGCCAGUGUCCCACCUGCAGGGUGCCCAUCACAGCCGAAAACCCGUGCAGGGACAUCAUCGGAGGGACAAAUGAGGGUGAUUACAGGGAAAGCCCUUCUAUGAGGAAAUGUCUAAGGAAAACCAGAGGAGAACUUCUUCUACGGGAGUAUGAGGAAGAGAUUGAUGGACUCAUCAGAGAAAAUGAGGAGCUAAAAUCAAAAAAUCAAAGCCUGGAGGAACAACUUAAGACUGCUUUGCUCCCCUGCAACCUUAGCACAGUGCAGCCAGAUGACAAGAGAGUCCCUCUGUUUGUGAUGGAAGAAUGGAAAAACAAGCUCCAAGCGGCCACAGACGUGUGUGAUAAGAUAAAACAGGACAUGGACAAGCUGAGAGAGGCGAACAAGACCUUGCGAUCACAAAAUGUCGACCUUGUACAAGAGAACAUGAGGCUGAAAGCGGAGGUGGCGAGCAGAUCCCCUCAGAAGUUUGGGCGAUACACGGUGGCAGCCCUGGAAGCUAAGGUUCAACAGUAUGAGCGCGACGUAGAUCACCUGAAAAGAGCUCUUGAACGCAGCGACCAGUACAUCGAAGACCUGGAAUCUCGGCUCAGGAAGUCUGAGAACGGACAACUCGAGACACAGGAAGCAGCUGAGAAUAGCAAGGGUUCAUCUGAUGUUCUCAGACAACAUCAGAAAAUAAAUAUGAUGAUGAGAAGCUUGAGCGACAAUGAGAGAAGGUCCAUCUGCAGCAAUCCGGAAGCGGAAUGUCAACCGUUUUCAACAAACCAGACUUUGGUAUUCAUGCCGUCAGCAGAUCACAAGGAGUUCAACAGGAAUCUGACUGGAGAUCCGAAGAACGAGGACUCUGAAAGCACUUCCUCUGACUUCUUGCCCACCACCCCUUCCUCUGCUUUCCGCUCUCUGACCUUGAGAAGCCCUGGCAUCCGCGAGAAGAAAGUCGCAUUUAAACCCGUUUCUCAUCUGAGACGGCUCGAUUUUGAAGAAUAUGCUAGUCCAGAGAAGACCAGCACAGCCUUGGAGAAUAAAAUCAACAGUCUAGAAAAGUUUCCUAAAGGCUUAUACCAAAGUGAAAUGGAAUCCUCAAAAUCUGAUUUCUGGGGCUCUUGGGAGAGAUCAAGCUUACGGGACCUGUCACAUCCAGGUCCAAGUAAAGAAAGCUUGGCAAAGGGAACCACAUCCUCUACUCUUAUCAGUGAGGAGUCUGAUAGUUUGCAGAUGUCCAGUGAGGCAUCUAUGGAUGCCGCUUACCUGGACAAGAUUUCAGAGCUGGACUCCAUGAUGCAUGAUGGAGAAAGUUCCAGUAGCCGGGGAUCACAGCUCUCCUUGGCUUCCUCCCCUCACAUAGACCUGAAUAACACUCUUGUCUCAGAGCAACAGACUUGCCUGGGCGCCUUGUCCGACGAUGGUGGCAAACCUGUGAUUAAUAGGGAGAAUAACAACCAGUGUACGGAUGACAACAAGGAUAGCGAUUGCAAUGUCACCGUGGCUCCAACAGGCUCUUACGAGAAAGGCUUUGCUUCUCAGAUGUCUGAUGGGAUGGAUGGUGCCCACACCUCUGCGUCUGCAGAUCGUGCAGGUCCUUCUCAGCCUGCAGAAAUGUCUUUUGACUUGUUGUUUGAUCCUCUGGAUGAGGUUAAGACUGCUCCCUCUGGCUCCUUCAGUCCAGUAACCCAACACCAGGAUCAGGAUCAUGUGAACCCUUCAUUCCCCUCUGGCUGCACUAGUUGUAAGCCUGUGAACACAACAAGAGACAGAAGUGCACUGAUUGGUAGCCAGCCAAUAAAGAGGAAGUCACACAGUCCCUUUAACACAAGCAGUCCCACCAAACUUUCAAAGCUCAUGUAAUGGCAUUGACAAAUAAAUAAAAAAAAAGAGCAUUUGA